UUCAGUCACGUGACCGAACGCGGAAGAGGAAGUGAAAGCGUUUGCCGACAGCGUAAACAUGACAGAAGCGAAACUUAGAAAGUAAACUGACGGCCUUAAGUUAUCGAUCUUAUAUUCAAUUAUCGCAGAAAGCGGAGAGAGAGUGUGUGUGUGUGAGAGAAAGAGAGAGAGUGUGAGUUAGUGAUGGCGGUGAAGCUGUGGAGUCUGCUCCUGCUGGCGGCGGUGUGUCCUCAGCUGGAGGCGCAGGAGGCCAUCCUGCACGUGUCUAAUGGCUCUGUGGUCAAAGAAUACUGUCUGGUGUACAACUCAUCCUGGAGCAGUGUGUCUGACAGCCUGAAGACCGCCGUGUCGUACCCGCUGCGGAACCUGAGCUCCAGCCAUCUGUGUUCAGCGGGUCAGCUGUUGCCGGGCGCGCUGCAGGGCAUGGCGGUGCUGGUGAUGUGGGGGGAGUGUGAGGUCAGCAAGAAGGCGGAGGUGGCGCAGAGUCUGGAGGCGGAGCUACUGCUCAUCGCCAGCACAGACAAUCUGGUAACGCCAUCAGCAAAUAACUCUGAGUACAGUAAAGUGAAGAUCCCCCUGGCCCUCGUCAGGUACCGGGACAUCCUGAACAUGCAGCAGGUGUUUCCUGAUGGGAUGGAGGUGAGUGUGUACGCUCCUCCUCUUCCUCUGUUUGAUGGCAGCAUCAUCGUCAUGUUCCUGAUCGCCGUCUUCACUGUGGUGAUGGGCGGAUUCUGGAGCGGCGCAGCGGAGAAGCAGAAGCUGAGCGCGGGUGUGUGUGGUGAUUCAGUGGACGGUCAGCAGGACUCGUCUGAGAUCUCGCUCUACUCUCCGCUGAAGGUUCUGCUGUUUGUGGGCAUGAUGUGUGUGAUGCUGGUGCUCAUGUACUUCUUCUACCGCUGGCUGGUGUAUGUGAUCAUCGUGAUCUUCUGUCUGGCGUCUGCGUCUGCGCUCUACAACUGCCUGGACUCACUGAUGACGGCUGUGGGCUGCGGGAGACUCAGUGUGAGCUGCAGUGAGAGGAGUGUGUCGGUGCGAUCGCUGCUCAUCGCUGCUGUCUGCAUCACUCUGUCUGUGGUCUGGGGAGUGUACAGGAACGAUGACAGGUGGAUCUGGGUUCUGCAGGAUCUGCUGGGAAUCGCCUUCUGUCUGAACUUCCUGAAGACCAUCAGCCUGUCCAACUUCAAGAUCUGUGUGAUCCUGCUCAGUCUGCUGCUCCUCUAUGACGUCUUCUUCGUCUUCAUCACUCCGUUCUUCACAAAGAAUGGAGAAAGCAUCAUGGUGCAGGUGGCCCUGGGCCCCGGCGGAGGUGGAGGAAAGGGUGACGGCAGGACGGUGAAUGUUCCAGCAGACCCUUCAGAAACCUACGAGAAACUGCCUGUGGUGAUGCGUAUCCCACAAUUCUCUGCGUUGGCUCAGAAUCUGUGUAUGAUGCAGUUCUCCAUUCUGGGCUACGGAGACAUCAUUAUACCAGGUCUGCUGGUGUCGUACUGUCACAGGUUUGAUGUUUGGGUGGGAAACUCCAGAAAGACCUACUUCAUCUCCUGCGCUGUCGCGUACGGUGUGGGUCUGCUGCUGACGUUCGCAGUGAUGCUGUUGUCCAGGAUGGGUCAGCCGGCGCUCCUCUAUCUGGUUCCCUGCACACUCCUCAGCAGCUUCACACUCGCCUGCGUGCGCAAGGAGCUCCGACACUUCUGGUCUGGACCCACACACAGCGUUCUGGAGGAGUCUAGGAAGCCCUUACUAUCAGAUGGAGACGCUGGAGCAGCUGGUGGAGUGAGGAGCUGCUGAGCUUCAUCAUACACACACACACACACACACACACACACACACACACACACACACACACACACACACACACUCACACUCUCUCUCUCUCUCUCUUUCUGUGUCUGUGUUUGUGUUUCUGACUGACAAAGCACAGGAUCAUCAUUAUCAUCAUGAUCUUCAUCUUCACACUGCGACACUUUACUAAAACACACACACGCGCACACACGCACACGAGUGUCUAAAUGAUUCUUCAAGGGGCCUUAAAUCAGCUGCUGUUGUGUUCGUCUCUCUCCUUUUAUGAUCAUUUUAUAGCGUAAUGUUUGGAUUAUAUUCCUAAAGCUGACGUCAGUGAUUGAAGCAGCUUCUGGAUCUGUGCUGCCUUCUCCUUUAAUAAAGACUGAUCUGAACACA